CUACACGACUUUUGUCACAUAAAGGAGUUACCUCACCACGGUUCCGAAUCCAUCCCCACUUCCAACCAACGUCAAGCCACGAUCGCUCUGCUCCAGCCCCUUGGAAACACUGACAUCCUCGAAUCAUGUCGGCGAGCCCGGGCGAUCUGCCCCUCCAACUCCGCACCAAAUAGCUGCCGUGACGCUAAAAACAAAUUUCUCAACUUUGAUCCCCUCAGCGAAACAUGGAGACAGGAAAUGAUGAAGCGUCCCCCUUACACGCGGCUGGUCUUCGAUCGGACGCUCCCGCCACGGGGCAUCGAUAACUCGCCAGAAAUCUACUGGGACCACAAGAUGCCAGAGAAGGUCAGGCUUACUAUUAGGGGCAGUGAGGUUAUUACUCUGCCCAGGACGUUCGCUUCAACUACAGUGAUUCGGGCCAAAGGUGAAGUAGUAUCAUUUGAUGCGCUGUUCGAUCCGGAGGCAGGGGUGAGUGUUCGGAGUGUGAAAGUAUUGAAGAGCCAGUUUGUUGCCCUCGGUCAGACUAGAGAGACUGCGGAGGUGAAUAGGCUCAAGAAUAGCAAUGCAGGGGUUGCGAUCGAGGGAUAG